UGAGCCUGCCCUCAGGCACUUCAACUCUAAGAAGUCCGCAUGUGACUGGAGAACUUCUCUCCCCUCAACCUCACGUGCAGGUUUCGGGGAUGAUGACAACACUCCUGCUUCAACAAGGAGGAAACCUGGACGCCCUAAGGGCUCUAAAAACAAAGUACCCGUAGACUCAUCUGACUCAGAAGAUGAAAAGAUGACCAAGACCUUGAACUCUUCAGAUGAAGCAGCUGAGCUUAGGCAGUCCAAAAGUAAGCGGUUCAAGUCCAAACCACUUGUGCCUCAAAACUGGAAGGAACUACCAUCUACUUCAAGUGCUGGUUUUGGGAAGGAGAACAAGCCUCCUGUCAACAAAAGGAGGCCGGGACGGCCAAAGGGGUCGAAGAAUAAAUGUACUAAGGUAGCUCCUGAAUCUUGUGCUUCAGAGACUGGAGGACUAUCCUGCCAUAUAUGCAGAGAAGGUCAAGAGGGAGGAGCAUAUUGUAUAACUGACUGUGGCCAUCUCUUUCAUAAGAAGUGCCUUGACAGGUGGAUCGCUACAUCUAGCCAGAAAUACAGAACCUUGAAGACUUGUCCUUACUGUGGCGGGAAUUUUCAGGACAGUAUACCAUUUUUUGGUUAGAAAUUGUUUCUUCAGUGUUUUGUGUCACCUGUUUUGUAAAUAUUUUCUAUAGCACUUGUUAUGUGCUCAUGUACAUAUUUUGCCUAGGCUUGACUAGUUAGUGAUUACCCUCCACUACGCUUGACUGUAAAUACUCUAUGUAAUCUCUCAUUGUUUCUUUGAAAUGUUUUCCUAAGUUUUUGCAACUUAAAAUGAUUUAUUGAAUUGACUGACCCUUGUUUUAAUUAUGAAGCACUGCAAAAACUUUGUAUAUUUAGUUUGAAUUAAUAAAAGCCUUCCACAUGUAGAUUAUGCUUUCAAUUAUUUCAGUUAAUUACACUUUGUCUUUGUAACAGGAAAGUUACUUGUAACAUUUUACACCAGGGCUUUUAGUUGAUAAAAUAGGUUUGUUAAAAUGAUUGCAUCAAGGCAGUAUGGUUCCAUGUUUAGUGCCUUCAAAAUGCUAUGGCUUGAACUUCAGCUCCUCUUCCACUUCAACUGUGUAUUUUACUGAAUUUUUUUCAUACAUCACUUGCUUUGAUACAAUGUACCUUUGCUCUGUAACUGUUACUGUUAAACGUUUUAUUCAUUAGUUAUGGAAGCCCUUUCUAUUUCUAAGGUUUUGAAAAAUUAAACUGACUAACCCUUUCAAUUGAUUCUUUUCUUUGGUUGGUUCCUCUACCUCUCAUAACAAUU